GCGAGGGGCGUGUGCACGGGCCCGGGAUCUUUGGGCCCCAUGUUCACGGAGCUAAGGACUAAGCUGAGCCCCCCGCGAGGCCGCGCCGGGGCUGUGCGCGCCGGCUUCGGGGAGCGCCGGGAUGUGGACGCCACGGCACACUUCAGCUUCUGCCGAACCUUCCUGGAGCAUACAGUGUCCACUGAGAGCAUCCCCUGCCACCUGCCUCGGACACCAGGCACCAGCCUCACGUGGCAUGACUCCCGUAGCCAGAGGGCCGCUGGCGGCCGGCCAGUCAAGCUCCUGCAGCAGCCUGGCACAGAGGCCCCCCAGGGCCGGCUAUACUCCGACCACUAUGGUCUGUACCACACAAGUCCCUCGUUAGGCGGCCUGACGAGGCCUGUGGUCCUGUGGAGUCAGCAGGACGUCUGCAAGUGGCUCAAGAAGCACUGUCCCCACAACUACCUCAUCUACGUGGAGGCCUUCUCCCAGCACGCCAUCACAGGCCGGGCGCUGCUGCGGCUGAAUGGGGAGAAACUGCAGCGGAUGGGGCUGGCACAGGAGGCACAGCGACAGGAGGUGCUGCAGCAGGUGCUGCGCCUGCAGGUGCGCGAGGAGGGGCGGAGCCUGCAGCUGCUCAGCCAAGCCUCCUUUGGAAACAUGUCCUAGCUGCUGCCUGAGGCUUGAACCCCAGACCCCAGCACUGUGACCGGAGCCUGUGGCAAGGACGAUGCAGAGCUGGCACACAGCCCCUUUUGGACCCUGCAAGAGGCCCCAGGUGCUGAGCCCAGCCCAGUGGACAGGUGGGACCAGGAUGGCAAUGUAUUCUGGGCUGUUGAGCAGGUGCAGGCUGCUCGAGUGUGGCCCUUCCUUGCAGGACCUGAGCCCAAGUGCACCCUCUGGUGCUGCUGGCAGCAUGCGGGGCAGCCACCUGGAGCCAGAGCAGGGUCUGUUUAUCCCCCUAGACUCCCGGGGAGUCUGUUUAUUUAUAUUCCCUUCACCCACACUGAUGUCUGUGCCCUAUUGCCUGCUGAGUCACACUUCCUUUGGGCAUCCUGCCCUCCCCCAGGGCAAGAGGUCUAUCUGUCCAUUUGUCCAGUUCUACACCCUCACCCAGCACCUAGAGGACAGGCGGAGUAAGCUGUGGGGGCUCCCUUUGGCGAGUGCCCUUCCCCUUCCCCACCCAGAUAAUCAGCAGCAGCAGCAGCUGCCGGGCACACCACACCAAGCGCUUUCCCUCGUUAUUCCUGAAACCCUCACCACGCCCCCAUCUAUUCCUGGGAACUGAAGCAAGAGAGGUCUGGGGAUUCCUCAGGUGCCCAAGACCUAACCCAGCAACACGAGAACCCCAUGACCGGGAUCACGCUCAGCCGUGUCCUGGCCUUGGGUUUGGGUGUCCCCCUCCUCCCACGGUUGUGGAGGCCGCCUCUGAGGGACAGUUGUGGGCAUGUAUUCUCACUGCCCCUCUCCCAGGAAAAUCUGAAUUCACACAAAAGACUGUCCUGAGGGCUGUGCCCCCAACCCCUGCCCACCGGGGACCCAGCCAGCACCUGAGCAACCACUCUGUGAGAGAGAGGACCCAGGGUUUGGGACUGGUGCUGCCCAGCAGAGGGGCAGUGAGGGCGGCCCUCCAUGUUGCCCCCACGCGCUUGCCCCUCUGCCCGCCCCCUCCUCUGUGGGGCUCUGAACACCUCAGGGACAGAUGAGGCUGAGCCUCCAGCCUCCUCUCUGUACCCCAAGCCGGCCUCCAGACGGAGGCUGGUUGUUGUAGGUCCUGAGUGGAAUUUGGAUAACUGGCCUGCUGCCCCCCAUCCUGUCUGUCCACCUGAUUGUCCCCGCCCACCUGGUGCCAUCACAGCGUCGUUUUCUCCAGAGGGCCCUUCCUAUCACUGCCCAGCCUUCUCCCUGCUUUGUCUUGCCCCCACCCUGCCAUGCUCUUGUCUUGUCUUCUUUGUUUUGCGCUUUUUUUAUAUUCUGACAAAAAGACCAGAAAUAAA